GCCAUUCGAGCCAGACCAAAUUCGAGCUACGAGUCAUUUUUCGAAUUGAUAAUCUAUAGUCAAAGAUAGUGUGUGCUAUUUUGACAACUUAUCAUAUGCUGCCAAGUGUACUUGGAGAGUUUAAAUAGAGAAGGGGAUAAGCCUGGGUAGAUAAAAUGUAUUUUUGACUUCCAAUCCUAAAAUGUCAUGUAUACUUUACAUUAUAAAUUCGGACAGUUUGGGUGUAGUGAAUAUUUUUCCAUGGGAGACCGAACACCUACCGUUAUAUUAAAAAAUUUAGCCUUUUGAAACCGUUGACCGACCGUACAACAAUCGAAAUCGACUGUGACUCAACGGUUUGAGUCGACUCGGUCGGUUUAUUCAGAUCUUACGGUUAAUGAACAGCCCUAUUUCAAAUGGGAUAGUUCUUGGCCCUCAUUGAAAAUUGACUGUAUUUUGCAGGUUAUAAUGCUAUCCUUUUCCACUUGGCUUGCCUGGUUUUUAGCUGGAAAGUUCAAUGGCUACCCAAAAUCUUGGAUACCUUCUUCCAUGGAUAGCUUUCAGCUUGCACUGCAGUUUGGCAUCUCUGUCAUGGUCAUUGCCUGCCCAUGUGCUCUGGGUUUGGCCACACCCACUGCUGUUAUGGUUGGUACUGGAGUUGGUGCUUCUCAAGGUGUCCUAAUUAAAGGGGGACAAGCACUAGAAAGUGCACACAAGGUGAACUGCAUUGUCUUUGACAAGACUGGAACUCUCACUAUUGGCAAGCCGGUGGUUGUUAACACAAGGCUCUUGAAAACUAUGGUACUUCGAGAAUUCUAUGAACUGGUUGCAGCAGCUGAGAUUAACAGUGAGCAUCCCUUGGCCAAGGCCGUUGUUGAGUAUGCAAAGAAAUUCCGAGAAGAUGAAGAGAAUCCAGUUUGGCCAGAAGCCCGAGACUUUGAAUCCAUCACUGGCCAUGGAGUGAAGGCCAUUGUUCAGAACAAGGAAAUAAUUGUGGGAAACAAGGGCUUGAUGAUGAAUGAAAACAUUUCGAGUUAA